AUGAGCGGGCAAAACAGACCACUGAAAAAUUUGGCAAUUAAAGAUGGAGAAAUUUAUGAGAAUGAAUUGCAUGAAAUUUUCGAAAAAAUUUUAUCAAUUAAAAUUCCCAAAGAGGAAUUUAAUGUAUUAUUUAAAAAAAUAGAUACUUCGCGGGACGAUAGAAUAACGUGGGAUGAAUUUUUGUCUCAUAUGUUAUUAGAAUUUCGGUUGAAAGGAACUGCGACAUUAAAAUCACAACCUCUAGAACUGCCACUAGUAGGUUCACCGAAAUUAAUUAAAAGUCGGCAUCCUUAUGCUAUUUGUAAAGUAAUAUUAUAUCCAGACAUUUCAAUUCAAGACAAAUCAUCAAGGAUGAACUCAUGUAAAUAUUUAACUGCUAGUAAAGACGGUACUAUAAAUUAUUGGUCUGCCGAUUUUACUCAUCAACGACAAGUCAAAGCUAUUAAUCCUUCUUUAAGAGUAUCUCGCACAAUGAUAAUAGACAUGAUCGCAAUGCCGGAUGUAAAAAUUAUUUGCGUAAAUUCAGCAGAACGUGAACUCCGAUUUUAUGAUAUUGCAAUUAAUAAAUUUGAAUUAAGAAUGAGAAUACACAGUUUCAAAGAUGCUGUUGUAUGUAUGAGUUAUUUUUUUAAUGAACAUUUGAAAGACGAUUCAUGUAUAAUAUUAGGAGACACAAAUGGUUCCGUUUUUAUAAUUACAUUUAAUCCAGUGGAUAGAGGUCCUUUUAAACAACAACCUGACUGUGAUGUUUUUGAAAUUCAUUACGAGAACGCUCUUAAAAAUAAUAUUAUUGGUUUGAAAAUGACAGCAUUCAAUGCUAUCCAUAGUAACUGGGUGUCUCAAGUAAAUUAUUAUAAAAGUUAUCGAGCUUUUAUUUCAUGCUCAAAAUGUUCAGAAACAUCUUUAUUUUUUUGCGAUAUCACUGGAACUAAAAUGCAAUAUAGUUUCAACGUUCCUUUGGGAAUAUCAUGUUUUGCUUUUCAUGAAGGAAAAGAAUUAUUGCUAACUGGUGGCCCUGAUUGUUUAGUACGAGCAUGGAAUCCUUUUGUGGCGAUAAAAGCUAAUGCUAUUUUUCAAGGUCAUCAAACACCAAUAUGUGCUAUUAUAAUACACGAUAGUGCAGAGAAAGCUUACACACUAUCUAAAGAUAGAUGUAUUAAAGUCUGGGACAUUGAAUCUCAAAUUUGUAUUCAAACGUACAAUCGAUUGCCAAGUGAACUCAGUGAAUAUACUAUGAUGUCAGUUGUUUAUAAUUCUGUUACACAUCAACUGGUAAUAGCAAGUAUGAUGAUAGCGGUUGUAAUUUGUGAAAAAAUAAUUGAUAAAACUAAAUCUGAUGGUGAAAGUCACACUAAAAAAAUCACUUGUGUUAUUUAUAAUCCUUUAUUCAAAGUGAUAAUAACAACUGGAGUUGAUUCUUAUAUAAUUAUGUGGGAUCCUUGGUGUGGACGUUGUAUAUAUGUGAUCAGAGAUGCUCAUACUGAAAUGUAUUUAGGAAAAUUAAAACAACUUCCAAUUACUGCAGCAACUUUUGAUCCUUGCAAUCAAUUAUUAAUUACUGGCGCGAUAGAUGGUUCUUUGAAAGUUUGGAGUUUUAGCUCUGGUACUUGUGUAAAGACGAUGAUGAUUGAACGAAAAUGUAAAAUUACAGCGAUAAUUUGGUUGAAAAAUCGAAUUCUUUGUACUGGACAGAAUCUCGUAUAUAUUACAGAGUUUGCAGACACUGAAACGGGAAUUUAUCGAAAAAUUUGGAAAAAACAACAUACUGGUGGUAUAUUAUCUGUUGCUGUAAAACUUCCUCAAACUCUUGCUACUAGUUCUGCAAAUGGUGAACUUAUUUUGUGGUACUUGGAGUCUGGUCAGCCAUACAAAAUAUAUCACCUUUUCAAUCCAGUUAAAGGAUAUCGAUGGAUGGAUUAUAAAGAAAAUCCAUGUGAGCUAUUAUACAAAAAAAGUGAAAAUCAAAACACAAUAAAAGAAAAUUCAAAAAUAGUCGGCCUUGCUAUUUUAUUUCUUACUACAAGACCGAUAACACCCAACAUCGGAAGUCUAUUAGUAUCUUUGAAUUCUGGGCUAAUUCAAGUAUGGAGUCAUCAUCCGGCUGGUGGAUUGCUCGGAGAUUUUACAGCGAUUCAUACUGAUAAAGAUUAUUGUCUUAGUUUAUCUUCAGAUCCUGAAAAUAAUUUUUUAAUAACAGGACAUUCCGUGGGAUAUAUCAAAGUUUGGUUAAUGAAGAAUUAUAAAAUUCAAUCAUCUUUAAAAAUAAAUAUGGCUAAAUUGAAAUUGGAAUUUUGUUUUCUAUGGAAAGAUCGUAUUAUAGGUCGUGCAAAAAGAGCGAUUCGUAAUCAAAAAUUACCAAUGCUCUUAUCUUCUUUUCGAGGUCAUACGAUGCCUGUAAAUUCUGUUCAAUUUAUACCAAAUGCUAGACUAAUUGCAAGUGGGAGUUCAGAUCGGACAGUUAGAUUGUGGACAUUUGGCGGUCAAUAUAUCGCUACUUUAGGAACAUUUAAGGAAUGGAAAACAAUCUUACCUAAUGUUCCAGCUGCUAAAUAUUAUGAAGACAGUAAAAUUCCACCCGAUAUUAGCAAAAUUGGUUCAUCGACUACGUUGAAGGUUCUCAGAGGUGGAUCUAUUUGGGUGAAAUUUAAAAAAAUAGACAAAGCUAAACAAUUCGCCGAGCUAACUGACGAUGAAAAGAAUUUAUUGUAUGGCAAAAAAUUAGAUAAUUCAGUUUUUGAAUUUAAUGCUUGUACUACUCCAAAAAUUUACGAAGAUAUAUACAAUAUUCGAUAA